AUGCUCUUAAUAUACAGUGUUUUGAAGAUCCAUUCUCAAGUUCCAGUUCUUGAGCAGGCCAAGCAGGACACUAUUGACAAGGUUUGUGGAAUAGUGAAGAAGCAACUAGCCGUCGCUCAAGACACGCCUGUAAACGGUGAAACAAAGUUCGGCGACCUUGGGGCUGAUUCGCUCAACACGGUUGAAAUUGUGAUGGGUCUCGAGGAGGCAUUCGGUAUCACGGUGGACGAGCCGAGCGCCCAGGAGAUCAAGACGGUGGAGGACGCUGCCACUCUUAUCGAUAAGCUCGUGAAUCGUGAUAGACAAGGAAGGUUGAAAUGA